GACCGACACGACGCUCACACGCAAGCAUACACACUCAGUGUCACACCGUCCGAGCCGACAGACGAUAUCAUGGCGAGGCAGCAGCAGCUCAUCCUGACCGCCGCGAUGAUCUUGUGCUGCUGUGGUGGCGGCCUCAUCGUUUCCGCGCUCGAUCUCAACAAACUGUACGGGCACAUACACGCAAAAAGGAACAUAGGAGAACCAUGCCACCCAUAUGAACCAUUCAAAUGUCCUGGAAACGGCGCUUGUAUUUCUAUCCAAUAUUUAUGUGACGGAGCACCAGAUUGUCCAGAUGGUUAUGAUGAAGAUGCCAGACUUUGCACUGCGGCUAAGCGACCUCCGGUUGAAGAAACAGCAAGUUUUUUACAGUCACUUUUAGCUAGUCAUGGACCAAACUACUUGGAAAAAUUAUUUGGCAGCAAAGCCAGGGACGCUUUGGAACCAUUAGGAGGCGUCGAAAAAGUUGCAAUCACUCUUUCUGAAUCACAAACAAUCGAGGACUUCGGUGCUGCUCUCCAUCUAAUGAGAUCUGACUUGGAGCAUUUGCGUUCGGUGUUCAUCGCCGUCGAGAAUGGCGACAUCGGCAUGUUAAAGAGCCUGGGCAUUAAAGACUCCGAACUAGGCGAUGUGAAGUUUUUCCUCGAAAAGCUAGUCAACACCGGCUUUCUAGAUUAAUUUACUAAAAAAAUAUCGGAUUUGUAUACAAUUAUAAUAUCCUCUGUAAUUUUCUAUUCCUAUUUAUAAUAUACCAACCUACAUACAAAUAUCCAUCCAAGAUUUCAAACAAACAAAAAAAAAACAAUUAUUAUUUCGUCCACUCCCUUCGUCACGAAUUCCAUGGUAUUCCAGACAUAACUUCCCUAAUUAUUUUCGGUCAAUUAAAACGAACUAAAUAAUAAACCAUUAUACUAUUUUAAUCGUAUACAUUCGGUUUUGAAUCACACAAUACAUAUCAAAAAUAAAGCUAACACUAUACAUAUCAUAUCAUGUACAACUUUAAACAUAUCUUUUUAAUAUCAAACGUUUAUUAUUAUUAUUAUUAUUAUUAUUACUAUUAAUAUUAUCUAGUUAUACAAAAUGUAUUACAUUAAAAAUAUAUCAUUAUAAAUAUGUGUUGAAUAUAUCAUUUGUCUUUACAACGCGUGCCUAAUGAGCCAUUAUAAUACGUCAUGUUUGUUUUCUUAUUUAACAACGCAGUUUUAUACCCGGUUCUGCUUGUUUAUUAUCGCGCAUUAUUAAGGCGUACGACUUUUUCAUAAUAAUGUUAUUAUUAUUAUUAUUAUUAUUACAUUUUGAUCUUGACUUAUUCCAAGUAACUUUUUACGGCCCGACUCCGAGAUGAUUCAAUUAAUAUACGGACAAACAUAAUACAUAUUUCAUAAUACCUGUCCAUCGUAAAUACGUGAUGUAGGUAUAAGUCAUAAUAACCGACAUGCCGAGUAUUUUCCUGCGGUGCCUAAUGCGCCUCUUACGACGUUCAAGUUGUUUAUAUAUUAUACUAUAUAGGUACCAGUGUUUUCUUUAAAACUUUGUUACUAUUAUAACGUUUUUAAUAAUAUUCAUUCUUACACAUCGUUUAAUGUACACGCGUCGUCUUCGUAGUAGUAAUAAUAUUACAUUUUGAUACUCCCGUUUCAUGAUGUUACAACACUAUUAAUGAGCGAUAUUAUAUAAUAAUUCACAGGGUGUUUCAGCAGUUGAAAUUCAGCUAUGCACCUAUGAUGCAAUAAAAAGUGUGCAUUUUACGCAUAGACGUUGAGAUCAUUACAUUGUACGCCUUCGACGAGAAAUUCGUCACUCGGUAUCGCCGAAAAGUAGAGAGAGAGAAAAACAGCAUGGAUACAAUUUCGAAAGCAGACAAGUAUACCACCUACCUAGUAUAUUAAAUUUUCAACGACGACCUGCGAUAUUUUUUCUUCUCUAAAUAUGUUUUUGACACUUGAUUUGCUAAGUUUAAUCUGAAGAUUAUUAAUGGAAUCCAUCAGAUAAAAAAACAGCAAUUGAUUUUCACACUUACAAAUACGAAAUAUCAUACCCUCUGAAACACUCUGUAAACGAUUCCCAUGUACGAUGUACCACCGCAUGUGGUACGCCAUGUGUGUGCUUAUAGAUAGGUAUACUUAUAUAUAUCAUCUAUAGUCUAUAGUUGCUAUUAAUUCAUUAAUACAUUAACUGCUCGUCUACUCAGCUAUAAUAUAACGACACUACUUUUUCGAAUGUAAUUUCUUUUUGUAAUGCUCAUUUGGCACAUCGUUUUCAGUAGAACACCAAAAAAAAAAAAAAAAA